AUGGAGCCCCAAGCGGAACCUGCCCGCGUUGUGCAUGUGCUUCCCGGCCUGCACCCCUCCUCUCGCUCUCCAGAUUCCUUUGGAUCCUACCGGACGCCGCCUACCGCUGUUGCUGCCCCGCCCGAGCGCUUCUAUGGCACCAUCUCGCCCUCGCAGCCCGCCUCCUCGUCCGCCUCGGCCAGCGAGGGCGUGCAGCUGCCCAGUCUGCGCACUCUGAUCAGCCCCGACCUUCUGAAUCCUGCCGCCCCCAAUGCUUCGCCUGCUCCCGUGACCCGUCUCCCCAGCCUCAGCGGCUUCGACUCGACCUCGACCUCGUCCAACGGCCAUGGCUACUCCGCCCGUGAAGACAGCAAGGCCACCUCCAACCCAGCCCAGUCCGUCUCGUCCGUCUCGUCCGCCCCUCAGCCUUACCCGGUCUACACCCCUGCGUCAAGCGUCAUCGCAGCGCCUGUGUCCGACGUCCGGCUACAUGCGCCUCCUACCGAGCUCAGCCAUCGCUUCCUCCGACGCGGAUCCAUCUCGUCUGGCGCCAGUGCCGGCUCGGAAAACCAAUCGCCACGCGAGGAUGCCAACGAAGGCUCUGCACUGCGGGUGAAACGCCGCAUUGUAGACAUCUCACGCGGCUCCACCCGCGCUGCACGUUGCGUCGGCCAGCAACAAGUUGCCGGAGAGGGCAUGUGCUACGUGUACGAGGACGGCUCGUAUUGCCGGACCGUCAUCGACGGCGAAGCCGUCAACCCACAAUGGGGAGUAACGAAGGCUGGAAAGCCUCGUAAGCGUCUUGCCCAGGCAUGCCUGACCUGUCGCGAGAAGAAGAUCAAAUGCGAGCCCGGCGUCCCCAAGUGCGCCCAAUGCACCCGUGCCCGUCGGACAUGCAGAGGUGGCCUCAGUGGUCAAUCCCCAAACACCGAUGGCAUGAAGCUCGACUUGUUAGAGACAAUAGCCACGCCAACAAAUCAACAAGGGGAUGCCCUCAGUGCGCACCAUUCGCCUCCACACCAGUCUCAACGCGCAACAUCUCCUUCAUCUCGCGGCUUCUUGAAGCCACAGCGCAUGUUUGAUGAGAUGAGCAAGCCGGGAGACGCGGAUGAGCCCCGGAAACGUCGCUAUCGCAGCACCUCGUCAGACGAAAGGGAGGCUCUUGGCUCCGCUUUCGCUCCCCAAGUCCCCACUGAUGCCGUGAGGAGUUCAGCCAUGCACGCCAUGGCACGCUCCGGCUUGGACUCGGAUCCCUACGAAGCCGAUUCUAAACUCACAAGAAAACUCCUGGACUUGUACUUCAACUAUGUCAACUCAUCCACAUAUGCUGUGUUCGCUCGGGAACCAUUCAUGAAUUGGGUUACCAAUUCUCAACCCAAGACGGCUGACGAGAAGCUUGUCAUCUACUCGCUGUUGGUCAUGGGUAACGUCUUCUCCACCGAUCCCGAAUGGCGUCGCACCGAGAAGCAGCUGCUUGAUAUCUGCAACUCUGGUUUGCAGAAGCGUGUCGGCAAGUUCACCGUCCACAUGUGCCUCAGCAGAAUGUAUAUCGGUUUGGCACAUUUUGCUCGAGGCCGGCACGAGGAGGCUUGGGAUUGGUGUGGCUCGUUCUUGAGGGCCAUCAGCGCCUUGAAGCUCAACCUAGAGGAAGGCGUUGCCUGCGAUGACAGCGAGAGUCUGUUUGGGUUUGACCGCAGGAUGAGUGAGGAGUGCAAGCAGCGGACGUUCUGGGCUGGGUUCCUGAUGGACCGUUACAAUGGGUUUUCGGGAGGCACGCUCUUUAUGAUCGACGCCGACGACGUCUGCGUCAGGCUCCCUUGCUCAAAGGCAGCAUAUGACGCAGGUCGGCCACUCGAGACGCCAAUCUUUGACGGUGGUCACAUCGAGGAACGAGCUCUUCUGAGAAACAUCAGCCCGAUGGGCUACCACGCUCUAGUAUCCGCAAUUUGGGGCGAUGUGUGGAUCUUCACGGCCCGUGCCGCACGCAAGCAUGCAAGCAUGCGAUUGCACGAGUACAACCAGUUCUACGAUCAAACCAACGAGCGCCUGGAUGAGUGGCUCGCAUGUCUGCCCCUGGAGCUCCAAUACAACGAAAGCAACCUCUACUCGGCAAUCAACGCCGGCUACGCGGGUACCUUCGUUGGCAUGCAUGCUCUCCACCAGGCAGCCAUCAUGCGACUCAAUCGGUAUGCGCGGCACUCUUCACUGCCCCCUCAUAUCCUGUCCCGCAACGCCUAUCGAGCCAACGCCACGGCUCGAAACCUUCUUUGUAGGAUUAUUGCGCCUGUCACCGAAUCAGCUCGCUCCCAGCGUCUCGGUCCGAAGCACCCUUUCGCCUUUGCUACACCAUUCCCUGGUUAUGCUGUACUCAUCGCGACGGACAUUCUGUCUGCAGGUGGGUUGGCUUCUGAUAUGGCCACCACAAUUGAAGCCAUCGGCAACGGAUUGGAAUGUGUGGACGAGAUCGCAUCCUUUUGGUGUAGCGCUCGCACGCAGAAAAAGGCUAUUGAGACACGAUUGCGCUUCCUCGCUUCGAUCGCCAUAGGUGAAGCAUCGCGAUUCAAAAAAUUCGAAGGCCAUGAAGUGUGGCGACUGGACAAGGCACUUGAGUCGAACUUUGCCGGUCGGGAUGAUGUCGUAUACGGGGCGGACGACGAGACAUUCUUUGCUGCACUACUCCACAACGACUUGGCGAGAAGAAGAGAAGUGGGGGCGUCGAUGAUGUUCUAG